AUGGCCUUUGCGCUCGCCUUCAUGGUCUUCUCGUUCGAAGUCCGCUUCGUGGCGCGGUCGUCGCCAGCCGUCGUCGCACUCGCCACCGAGCCCGUUAUCGCGUCGGACGCGCUGGUGGCUACCGCCGAGCCUGUCAUCGUACACGACGGGCUCAUGGCUGCGACGCAGCGGCAGCUUGUGCCCGAGACGUACUCGCUCUCACAGGCGCUCGAUGCGCACACGCACGUGCACCUGGUCUUUACAACGAGUUGCAACCAACGCAAUCGCCACUUUCUCUCGUCAAGCUUGCAGCUUUCGCUCUCGCGCGUGGGCCACCGCGGGCCAUUGACCGAGAUAGUUCACGGUUGCAGCGCCGAUGAAAUGCUGCAGAUCUCGACGCUGCCGACCUUCUACUAUGAUUUCCGCCAUCACUUUGCACCCGACUUUGCACUUCAAGGCAAGGACCACUACGUCGCGUACAACAAGCCGUUUGGUCUGCGCCACUUAUUACAGCACGGCGCGCGACGGGACAACUUUUCCAUCGCUCUCAUUGACGCCGAUUACGUCCUCUUCAAACCCCUUCGCAUCAAUUUGGGCGUCAAGUGGGGCCACUACUACCAAAACACGACGCUGCGCAACACGUCCGACAUCACCGAUACGGUCGCAGACGGCGUGGCGCUUGCCCAAAACAUGAAGGCCUUUCUCGGUGGCCGCUGGUUCAACGACCGCAACGCGACGAUGAAGCAACUCGUGUGCGGCAACGGUCCGUGUGCCAACGUCUCGUCCGCGGAUGCGUUCGAGUUUUACGAGCCCGCGGGCACGCCGUACAUUAUGACGCGCUCCGAUUGGACGCGGUUCGUUGAAGACUACGUGGCCUUCACCGUCAAAGGCCGGCAGUACCAAGACGACUGGAUGGUCGAAAUGUACGCGUAUGGCGCCGCCGCCGCCAACCAAGGCAUCAAGCACACGCUGCUCAAGCACUUGGGACCGGCGACGUGCGGCUACCACGAGACUGAGCACUGGGAUUUCCUUCCGCCGUCAACCCCCAACCCGUGCACGGACCCCUUCGAGAUGGUGCUGCCCGAGGACCCGCCGAUCGGGAUCCACUACGCCAUGUACUAUGGCGCUGGCGACGACAUUCACUCGGGCUUUUGGUACACCAAGCAUCGGCUGCCCACGGACCUCACCGAGUGCGACAGUAUGCUGCUGCAAGUGCCGCCGGCCACCGAGUGGUCCAAGCUGCCGACAUUGGGCUUGUCCGAGAGAGUCCUUCGAACGAAGCGCCACAACGUAUGGCUGCAGUGCACGAUGACCAAGUACACCAACCAAGUGCUCACCGAGAUCAAGGCCAAGAUGUGCCCGCUCGGGUUCAACACCCACAUGGGCAUUAGCCUCGACGCGGCCAAAGUGAAGGACUCUGCCCACAGCGCCAACAUGAUGCUCGCCCGCGCCAUCCGCACAGCACGCGCGUCUCGUCUGCCGAUCUACCGCAUGACAUGCCGUGGUCUUGGCACGUCCACGGGCUGCAAGGCGUCGUGCCUCUGCGGCGCGUGCCAUGUGGCGACGACGACAGCGCCAAAGUGGGUCGUCAACUGCCACUGCUCGCAGUGCCGCCGGGCGCUCAGCGCGUCGUAUGCGUCGCUUGCGGGCUUCGAUGUCGACGCGCUCUCCGUCACGAAGGGCCACGACCACCUCGUGAGCCACACGACCGGUCGCGAAGAGCGCUUCUCGUGCAAGAUUUGCUCUUCCAAAGUGUAUGCGCAUUUGCACCACUUGAACCACAAGGCGAUCUACAACGACUCGUUCACGAGCCCCAACCACGGCCCGGACGGCAAGAUCGCGCCAGGGUUUGCGCCGGCGAUGCACAUCUUUUACACCUCGGGCAACACGAAUGUGCUCGACGGCCUGCCCAAGUACGUCGACUUGCCCGCGGCAUUUGGCGGCUCGGACAAGACGGUACCCGAAAAAUACCACCAGUAA